UGUGAUUGACAGGAUUUGUCCGUCUUUUCGUCUUACAACUUAAGCUCUUUCCCAGUGUGUUUUCAGUCGAUGAAAGUUAGUUUUGGUUGACUAUAAAAUUAUGUGUUCGGUUGUACUUGGCUCCACCCUCUCAAGUCACUUCUUGGUUGAAAAAAACAAAUUUUCAAUAAAAGCCAAGAUGGCGACGGCUAAAAACAAAGGUGGAGAUGGCCUUGAAGCCAAACUUGAGGCUUCAAAAUCGUAGUCCACAAACCAAUUGGUGAUGUCACGCUGAUUACGUCCACUUCUUAUAUACAGUCUAUGGUUCACCGCCAUAUUUUCAAAUUAUAGGAGACAGAAAAUUCUAAUGUGGUCUGGAGGAAGCCUCGGGGGAGCAAUCAUCCCUCCAUUGCACUUUGCUGGGUGUUUUUAUUUUUUUAUUUUUUACAAAUUACAGGUUUCAAAACCAUCAGAUGUAUGGCUCCCAUUCACUUGUCAUGUAAUACAAUGGUCAGGUCUAACAGUACAGACUGGAAACUAAUGGGUCUUGGGGAAGACUUGUGUUCUUGUUGCCUUGCUUUACCAAGGCAACAUUUAUCAGUACAUAGGAUUGUGUAUGUAUAUUAUAUUUCUUAUAUAUUUCUGUCCUGUCCCUCUACAGAACGUGCUGGCCAAGGCGCUGUACGACAAUGUGGCGGAGUCACCGGACGAGCUGUCCUUCCGUAAAGGCGACAUCAUGACGGUGUUGGAGCGUGACACGCAGGGCUUGGACGGCUGGUGGCUCUGCUCCCUCCACGGUCGCCAAGGCAUCGUACCCGGCAACCGCCUCAAGCUCCUGGUCGGCAUGUACGACAGCAAGCAGCAGCAACAGGUCGGGCCUUCCACGCCGGAGCCGCUCGCUCCCUGUCCCUCCUCCCAGGCGCAGCGGCCCCUCCCCCCUCUGAGCGCCUACGCCAAACCGGCACCGGCUUCGGCGUCUGCCGCCAUCAAUACUUCCUCCGCCGGGUUUCCCAUCAAGCCCCUCCACUCGACACAUUACACGUCUAUGCAUCCGGCCUACUCCACCCCCAGCCCCGCGCAGCCCGACCCUGACUCCAUCUACAUGAUGCCCCCGUCCCACGGCCCCAAACCAAGUCCACAAAGUCUGUACCAGAUCCCUUCCGGCCCAAGCGGACUCCCUCCAGGACCCCCCAGCAAGGCCCCGCUUCUAGCCCAGAGACAGUACCAGCUGCAGGACAUCUACCAGGUGCCCCCUUCUGUUGGCCCAGCACCAGGCCUGGGAGCGGUCCCAGCCGGAGGGAACGGAGGUGGGCAGGAUGUGUACCAGGUGCCCCCCUCCCUGGAUAAGAGGAACUGGGAGAGCGGCAACAAGCCACUGGGCAAGGUGGUGGUCCCCACUCGGGUCGGUCAGGUGUAUGUGUACGACACAGUCAAACCGGAUCAGGAUGAGUACGACGUCCCGCCCAGACACCAGCCUCCGACCCAGCACGACAUUUACGACGUGCCGCCCGCCCGCCAGCAGUACAACACACAGGUGUAUGACACUCCUCCCAUGGUGGUGAAGGGGCCCUCUAGUGGUCAGGAUAUAUAUGACAUCCCAGCCAGCUCAGACAAAAGCACACAGCAGACGGUGUAUGACUUCCCCCCGUCUGUCAGCAAAGACGUCCCCGACUCUCAGCCAAUCAGAGAGGAGACCUACGACGUGCCACCCCACUUUGCCAAACUCAAGCCGGCUCUCCCGCCCCCCGGCCACUACCCGCACAACCUCAACGGCAACGACGACGACGACGACGAGCCGCCGAUCCCGGAGGACGUGUACGACGUCCCACCCCCGAUCCUGACCGACAAGCGUUACCGCGGAGUCGACCAGCCCCCUCAGGAGAUCUACGACAUCCCCGCCAGCCUGCGGUCGGGGGGUCACCACCAUCAGGACAUCUACGACUUCCCUCGGGAGCGAGAGGAGAAAGGAGGGGAGAGGGGAGACCACAGUGUCUACGAUGUCCCACCGCAGGUGGUGCGUGACGCUCAGUCCACCAGUGAGGAGCUCACCUUGUCCUUCAAGCGGCUGUCCGCCUCCAGCACGGGAAGCACACGGAGCAACCACUCCGCUUCUUCCUUGGACAUGGUCCCCGUCCGCGACACCUCCUCUUCCUCCUCCCUUCCCGGCCCUGGCUCCGUACCGGGGAAGCCCCUCAUCCUGGACCUGGAGCAGGCCAUGGAGCGUCUGUCCCGCCUCCAGCAGGCCGUCGAGUCCAGCGUUUCACUCAUGAUGUCGUUCAUCACGGGUAACUGGAGAAGCCCCGCCCAUCUGGAAGGAAACCUCCCCGCCAUUCAUCAAGCCGCUGACCGGGUGCGCUCCACCGUGCGGGACUUCUUAGAAUUUGCCCGGGGCGCCGUGGCAAACUCCGCCCAGGCCACGGACCGCUCCCUGCAGACCAAGUUGGGCCGUCAGGUGGGGAAGAUGGAGGAGGUCUUCCAGAGUUUGAUCCGGCACAGUCAGAGCUUGGACGGCGUCUCCUGGUCGCACGCCGCGCUCGCGGCACCCCCGCCGGGAGGGGACGACCUGGAUCGGCUGAUCAUGACGGCGCGAGGCAUCCCCGACGAUGCCAAGCAGCUCGCCUCCUUUCUCCACGGUAACGCCUCGCUGCUCUUCAAACGGACCAACCGGCAGCAGCAGCUGCCGCUUCCCCCGAUCCCGGGGGAGAUCGGCGGUCACAUGACGGGAUCGGGAAGUGGGAGCUAUCAGGGAGGGGAGAGGGUGAACAUUCAGUCGCGGCCCCUCCCCUCUCCGCCAAAGUUUACAGCUGCAGAGGAAGAGGAAGGUGUGGACCGGCCGUAUGAGACCACAGAGGAAGGCUGGAUGGAGGACUAUGACUACGUACAUUUACAGGGAAAGGAGGAGUUUGAGAAGAACCAAAGACAGCUGCUGGAGAAAGGCAACAUCAUCAGACACAAGACACAACUGGAGCAGCAACAGAUCAAACAGUUUGAGCGACUCGAGCAGGAAGUCAGCCGGCCGAUCAACAACGACAUGACAGGCUGGGUCCCGUCCCCGCACCCCCCUCCGGCCAACCAGCAGGCCCAGAACGGCUCCGGGGGCCCGCCUUGCUCCAAGCUAGGCCACGGCGACCGUCAGCUCCUCCUCUUCUACCAGGAGCAGUGCGAGCAGAACAUCACCGCGGUGACCAACGCCAUCGACGCCUUCUUCACCGCCGUCAACUCCAACCAGCCGCCCAAGAUCUUCGUCGCGCACAGCAAGUUCGUCAUCCUCAGUGCGCACAAGCUGGUGUUCAUCGGCGACACGCUGUCGCGCCAGGCCAAGUCGCCUGACGUGAGAGCGCACGUGGCCCAGAGCAGCAACGCCCUCUGCGAAAAACUCAAGGACAUCGUGGUCAGCACGAAGACGGCGGCGCUCCAGUAUCCUUCCCCCGGAGCGGCCAGGGAGAUGACUGAGAGGGUGAGGGAGCUGGCAGGGUGCACGCAGCAGUUCAGGAUGGUGCUGGGACAGCUGCUGGUCAUGUAGGGGAGUGAAGGGGGGCACGGGGGGAGGAAAAGAAACCAAACAGUGACACAACUGAGAUGACCCAGGAGCACGGGGGGCAGUAAAUCCUCCCCGCGACAAGGGCUGGAUGCCCCUGCAGCACGGGGGGAGGGAGGACCUGGAGCCCCCUGCGGGAAACCCUGUACACCCCUCCAGUUUGAGGUUGGAGACCCCACAUCCACCCCACCUUUCACUGGGACCACCCCUCCCUCGUCCCUCCUUCCUUCCGCACGCUUUUUAUUCUAGACAAACUAAAAGGAACGUUUUAUCUUCAGCGGGCUGUAAAAUAAUCACUGUAAAUAUUUAAGUUACUUAUUUAGUCAGAAAACCAGAAAUAAAAAAAGACUCAAGAACUUUCAGUGUAUAUAUAUGUAUAUAUACAUAUAUAUACACAUAUAUA